AUGGAUUCGGCGGAUCCGCCGGGAUUACCUAGGUCUCCGGGGAGAUCUACGGUUAAUCGGAAGAAUCAGCAGGAGGAAGUAACAAUGGUGAACCUAUCGGAAGGAUCUGGUGAUAAGCAGAUUCAAAAAGUGAUCUCGGAGUUGAAGAGUAAGGAGAGUUCGGUGGAGGUUGUAACGAAAAAACAAGGAUCGGAGAACCUUUCGAGGGGAUCUGAAAACGGAGGAUCGUCAUGGGUUGAGAUAGCACAAGAGAAGAAAGUAUUGAAGAAGUAUGAUCUGAAGAUUGUAGAGUUAGAGGGUGGGAAAGCUGUGGAAAUUCCUGAUGAGGUUAUUGAUAAAGCAGAUCUUCUAUGGGAAGACUUUCUGAUUGGCAAGUUUCUCGACACUGCUCCACACGUAGCUAGAGUACAUGCUACUGUGAAUAGGAUCUGGAACCAAGGAGAAUCGAAGCAGAUUGAUGUUCAUAUUGUGGAUGAUACGACAAUGAAGUUCAAGGUUCAAAACCCAGCAAUGCGAGCUCGAAUCUUGAAAAGAGGUAUGUGGAAUAUUGGGAAUGUGCCGUUGGUUGUGACGAAGUGGACACCUGAUGAGUUGAAGGAGAAGCCAGAAAUUAAGACAAUACCGAUGUGGGGGCUGAGUUUCAUAGUGAGCGCAGCAGGGUUUCCGGUUCGUUUGCAUCCAGAAACAACAUCGUGUUCAAAUUUCAAGUUAGCAAAGAUCUUUGUGAAUGUGGACUUAUCUAAAGAGCUGCCUGAUAAGAUAAACUUCACAAAAAAUGGGAAAUCUUCGGAGGUGGAGUUCAUAUACCCAUGGUUGCCUCUUAGAUGUCGCAGUUGUGGAAAGUGGGGGCAUAUAGCCAAAUUUUGUUUAAUGAACAAGAAGAAUGGGUCGGAGAAGUCAACUCAUCAGAUAGUAGAGCAAGAAGAAACGAGUAAAAGGGUCGCUAUAGAAGAUAGUAAAGAGAAGGCCAAAGAGAGGGAGAUUGAAACAGAAGGAGGUGUUGAUUUAAGAAAGGAGAACUCAGAUGCAAAUAUUGUAGUGGAUAUUGAGGAGGGGGUGGAUGAGGAAGGAAUUUCUUUACAAGUGGGGAAUAUAAAAGAUGCAGAGGUUGAGGAGAUACUGAGUGUUGAAGAAGAGGUUGAAGAGAUACUGAGUGUUGAAGAAGAGAUUGUAGAGAGAGAGGAAACUAAAAGCGCAGAAGGGAAAGCAGAAAGCACAGAGGAGCAAGAAGUUGUAAUAGCAAAAAAGGAUGAUAUGAGUAGUGGAAAGGGUGGUAAGGAAGGAAGUAUAAUAGAAGAAAGUCAGAAUCAGGGUAUUGCUGGCAUACAGAUCACUCAAGAGAAUUGGCCAGACUUGGCUAGUGCUUCUAAGCUUAGGCCUUCUCUACCACGAAGAUCAAAGACGAUGCAUAAAGUGGUUCCAGAGUUGGGAAUUCUGGGGAAACUACUUGCAAUGACCGGUUUCUUCUGGAAUGUACGGGGAUUUAAUAAGCAAUCGAAGCAUAGAGUUGUGAGUAAAUGGAUUCAAGAUAAAGGUUUACAGUUUGGGGGUUUGCUGGAAACAAGAGUGAAGGAAAAUUUCAACGAGAUUUUGGAUGGUGAAGAACACUCUAGUUAUCAAGAUUCGGGAUUGAUGACUUCGGGUAUGAGAGACUUUGAGAGUGUGGUUCAGCAUUGCAGGCUUAUGGAUAUGGGGUAUCAGGGUCCGAAGUUUACAUGGUGCAACAAGAGAGACGAAGAGACCAUUAACAAAAAGCUAGAUCGCAUUCUAGUCAAUGAGACAUGGCUUAACAACCAUCAUCUUAGGGGGAGGUUUCACUUGGCGGUGGAAGUUGCAGGCAAAAGGAAGUCAUUUAAGUUCACAAAUGUGAUUGCUGAAACAUCUGAGUUCAAGGAGACCAUUGAGAACUAUUGGAAGGAAACACAACCUUUAUUUCAAUCAGCUUCAGCUCUUUUUAGGUUCUCAAAGUACCUCAAAGGGCUGAAACCUCACAUUCGAUCUCUUAGUAAAAAUAAAUUGGGAGCGCUGACGACGAAGGUGAAAGAAGCUUUUAGUGAUCUUUGUGAGAAACAAGAAAGGUUGAUGGAAGCUCCUUCGCUGGAGAAUGUUCGUGCAGAGCAUGAUGCAGCAGUAAGGUGGCAGAGAGUCUCAGAUAUUGAGGAGAAGGUGCUGAAGCAACGAUCGAAAUUGCAUUGGUUGCAAGUUGGUGAUAAAAAUAAUAAGGCUUUCCUCAAUGCAGCAAAGAUUAGAGAAACAAGAAAUGCGAUUCGAGAGAUAAAGUGUUCAGAUGGAAGGGUAGUAACUAAUCAAGAGGAGAUAAAGAAGGAAGCAGAAAGAUUCUUUACUGAAUUUCUCACUUAUGAGCCGAGAGGUAUUGAAGGAAAAUCUAUAGAGGAAAUUCAGAGUUUUCUUCCUUUCAGAUGUAAUGAGGAAGAGAGAGGUAACCUUAUCAGAGCAGUUACAGAGGAGGAAGUAAGAGAGGUGGUCUUCAAAAUGCCAAGUAAUAAGUCUCCAGGACCGGAUGGCUAUACAAGUGAGUUCUUUAAAGCAUCUUGGAGUGUGAUUGGGAAAGACUUCACCGUUGCAGUCCAAUCUUUCUUUAGCAAGGGUUUUCUACCUAAGGGCUUAAAUUCUACUAUACUGGCGCUUAUUCCCAAGAAAGAUAGAGCUCAAGAAAUGAGGGACUACAGACCGAUCUCGUGCUGUAACGUUUUGUACAAAGUGAUAUCGAAGAUCAUUGCAAACAAGUUGAAAGGAACUUUGCCACAAUGUAUAUCUUAUAACCAGUCUGCGUUCAUAAAAGACAGGCUCUUGGUGGAGAACUUAUUACUGGCAACAGAGAUAGUUAAAGACUACCACAAAGAAGAUGUCUCACCUCGAUGUGCGAUGAAGAUUGACAUCGCAAAAGCCUUUGAUUCAGUGCACUGGCCGUUCUUGUUAAACACGCUGAGGGCUUUAAACCUACCUGAAGAGUUCAUACAUUGGAUUGAAUUGUGUGUUUGUACGGCUUCAUUCUCAGUUCAAGUUAAUGGGGAGCUUGCGGGGUUUUUUCAGAGUAAGAGAGGGUUGCGACAGGGAUGUGCGUUGUCUCCCUACCUAUUUGUGAUAUGCAUCAAUGUGCUUUCGGGAAUGUUGGACAAGACAGUGGAAAGGAAGCAGAUUGGCUAUCACCCCAAAUGUAAGAACAUUCUGCUGUCUCAUUUAUGCUUCGCAGAUGACUUACUGGUAUUCACUGAUGGAACUAAGAGAUCGAUAGAGGAAGCUCUCAGAGUAUUCAAGGAGUUUGAAAGCUGUUCUGGGCUAAAGAUAAGUCUAGAAAAAUCAACCAUAUAUACUGCGGGCAUCAGUGAGAGUACGAAGAACGACAUUCUUGCAACAUUUCCUUUUUCUACAGGCAGCCUACCAGUUAGGUAUUUGGGGUUACCUCUACUAACCAAGUGCAUGACAGUUAAUGACUAUCUACCACUGGUUGAGAAAGUCAGGAAAAGAAUGAGUUCUUGGACGGGUAGGCUUCUCUCGCAUGCAUGGCGUCUGCAACUUAUAAAAUCGGUCAUAACAAGCCUAGGUAACUUCUGGAUGGCAGCGUUUCGACUUCCUGGCAGCUGUAUAAAAGAGAUCGAAAGGUUGUGCUCUGCUUUCUUAUGGUCUGGUCCUGAUCUAAAAACAACAGAAGCAAAAGUUAACGGCAGAAACAUCACUUUGGGUCCGAUGGGUUCAAUGUUAUUUGAUUCGACAAGGCUCAUUCUAGUCAAUCAAAGAGAGUACAAGCUCUGGAUCAUGGGUAUGGAGAAAAUUGUUAAAACUGCGAGAUGGUCCAGGUUCAAUACACUUAAAGAUGUACUUGGAGAAAGAGGUCCACAUGAUUUAGGAGUACCAGAUUAUUACUCUGUUGCGGAGGCAAAGAGAAAUAGAAGGAGGAGGAACCAUAGAGUGGAGUUGUUGAAUCAGAUAGAAGAGGAAUUAAGUAAGUAUGGUAGCUACCCGGAUGAAGAUGUUGCAUUAUGGAAACAAGCUGAAGGAAAGUUCAUGGCUAAAUUCUCGACAAGGAAAACAUGGGAGCAGGUCCGAGAAAAAAGGCCUAACUGUGCAUGGUACAGAGGAGUCUGUUUCCCUCAAUCUACUCCAAAAUACGCUUUCUUUAUGUGGGUAGCUCUUAAGGAAAGGCUACAGACGGCAAACAAGAUGCAGAAAUGGAACAGUUCAAUCAACACAACCUGUGUUCUUUGUACUGAGGCAAUAGAAUCAUGUGAUCAUCUCUUCUUUGGCUGUCGAUAUUCGGGAACGGUAUGGAGAAACUUAGUUGAGGGACUUAUGCGAGAUCAAUUCACUAUGGUGUGGAAUGAGCUGAUUGAUAUUGUCUCAAAGUUUUGGGUAACACCAAUUAAGAUUUUUAUUAUCAAAUACACUCUGCAAGCCACAAUGCAUACAGUCUGGUGGGAGAGGAAUGCUCGCAGGCAUGGGGAUGCGCCUAGAGACAUCAAUAUCUUGACAAAGAUGGUGGAUAAGAAUGUGAGGUUGAGGCUUUUAUCACUAAAAGGAAGAGAAGUCCAGCUCCAGGAGCUUGCUUCUUCUUGA